AUGUCGGAGUACAGUUCGCUGCUAAGUGACCUUGCCGAGAACAUCACGAAUGAGGACCUGGAGCAGUUGAAGUCGGCCUGUAAAGAGGACAUCCCUGAAGACCAGAGCAACACCAUCACUUCCUCCAAAGAGUGGUUCAACUACCUGGAGAAAAACGACAAACUGGCCCAGGAUAACCUUUCUUACAUUGAGCACAUCUUCGAGAUCUCACGACGGCCUGACCUUUUGACCCGGGUCAUCGAGUACCGCACAACCGUGCUCAAGAUUUCGGAGGAUGACGAGAUUGACACCAAGCUUACACGCAUCCCCUCUGCCAAGAAAUACAAAGAUAUUAUUCGCCAGCCAUCUGAGGACGAGAUCAUCAAGCUGGCCCCGCCCCCAAAGAAAGCGUGAGGUCGACAUUUAUGACCUUUGCACUUCAUCCCUGGACCC